CUUUCAUCCACAUCGUGGAGAUCCGCGUCCGCGAUCAGACGCCCCGGUGUAUCGACUAUAUAUAUGUAUAUUUGUAUAUAUAUAAAACGUCGCGACGACGCAUAAUUGACAGUUCGUAAAAAAAAAAAACUUUGAAAAAAAAACAAACAAACAAAACAAAAAUUGACAAUUACACUUUGUCCAGUUUCUAACGACGAUAUAUUACACCGGUAAUUUACCCCCCCGAAAAACGGAAGGGGUGAAAGGACUAACGCCCAGGUUUGUUAUCCACGUGACGCGAGGACGAUGUCAUUCUUCAGGGGACUAUGGAGAAGCAGUUCGAAACAUAAGAAAUUAUGCGAAGAAUGGGCCUUGGCGAGCAGUAGAGAGUGCGUGGAAGGUGGCGGCGGAGGUUGCGGGGGACAGGAAGACGCCGAGGAUCCGGCCGAGGCCACGUUUACGUUGAAAUACCUGGGGAGCACCCUCGUCGAGACACCCUCGAGCGAGGAGGCCACGGCUGAGGCCAUCAAAACCAUCAUCACCAUGGCAAAAGCCAGCGGUAAAAAACUCCAAAGGGUAUCCCUUGCGGUCAGUCUACGGGGUAUUAGAAUGACCGACGUUGCUACCGAAGAGGAUCAACUCCAAGUCUCGAUUUAUAGGAUCUCUUACUGCUCGGCCGACGCUACUCACGACCAUGUAUUCGCAUUCAUUGCUACGAACCUCAACGAGACAAUGGAAUGCCACGCUUUUUUAUGUCCAAAAAGGAAAAUGGCUCAGACUGUUACGCUGACCGUAGCUCAGGCCUUUAACACCGCGUAUCAAGCCUGGCAGCUGACCCAAGUCGACCCUCGUAUUCAUCACACGAGAGACAAAAGCCCACCAAUGAACGACGAGAAUUGUAUCGAGUAUCACGAAAAAAUCCUAAACGAAUUGAAAAACAACGAGAAACAUAGCAGGGAAAAUAAUCAAAACGUGAAACUGAACAAUAUUAACGAGACGCAGAAGAAUCUACUCAUUGAUCUCUCAUCCGAUUCAAAACCAGAGGGAAACUCAUGGGUUUGCUUCGAGGAGGAAGUUGGUGUGGACAACAAAAAUACUCGCAACAACAACUCGUCGACCAGUAUCCCGAUGUCGACCCUUAGGACGACGACAACAAUAACGUCGUCUACCGUGACUCCGGCUAGAUACGUAACUCCACGCCCUUCGCCGUCGCCCUUGGCGGGGCAAAAUAACGCCUGGGGCGAGUCCAGGUCGGUAAACUUGAUGUGUUCGUAGCCCGCAUAGCCUCAGGCCGAUAACUUCCGUGAUGUUCCCCUCAUCACUGGACUGUGGAAGCAUCUCUCGGCCAGCGGUAAACCUGGAAGAAAUUUUUCAUCUUAAAAUAUACCACGUUAUACAUAAUCCAGAUUAGGGUAACGUUCGCAUGGGAUGUAAACUACCGCGAAUAAUAUUCAGGAUAAUUUUUUUUUUUUUUUUCGUCUUCAGAUCAAGGGAUGAAUCUACAAAUGAAAAAAAAAAAAAAAUACGAAGACAAACAUGUUAUAAAAUCAUCCGCAGUUUUAAACGGUUUAUUCCGCGUAUUGCAAAAAUUUUUGGAUUUUUAGCCUAACGUUUUGUACUUAUUAAUGUUAUUAUUGUCAUCAUUGUCAUCGUCAUCGUCAUCACGAUCAUCGUUCUUAUUAUUUUUGUUAUUCGAGGCGCAGUUUUUUAUUUACUUAUAACUAGGAUCAUAAAUGUGCAGCAGUAUAACUUCUAUAAUAUAUUAAUGUGGGUGCUCAUAUAUAAAACGGGUGCCUGGUGCCUCGUAACAAUUUUAUUAUUAUAUACCGUGUACGAUAUACCUAUAUAUUAUAUAUUGCUGUUUUAGUUUUGGUUUUACACCAAAGAGAGGGAACAGGUCGUGGCUGUUUAAGAUUUAGGUCAUACAUGUGUAUAAUAUAAAUUUUAGAUAAUACAAUGCAAAAAUUGACGUCGAAAUGUUUUUAUAUACGUACUAUACAUACUUAUAGCAUAUAUAGAUUUGAUAAUUGUCUCGACUGUCGAUGUGUCGACGUCCACGAAACAAACCUACCGACAUUUAGAAUGAUAAAAAUUACGAAUAAUCAAAGUUAUAUCCCACUUCUAUAAUUCUAUAGCGGCCAUAUUUGUUAGGUUUAUUGAAAUAUAAUUAGCGUACAAGUUUAAUAUAAUAAGCAUAUCUUCAUUCCGUCGUCAGUUUAGUAAUAAUCUAUACGAUACGGCUACGUACUACAUACCUAUGUUUCAAUGUACAUUUUAAUAUUUGAAAAAGAAAAAAAUCAUCGUGUUUUUUUAUGAUCAAUUUACCUUAGAAAGCUCACUUAAAAAAUUAUGUCUGCGACGGAUACCGUUUUAAUCUGAUUUAGAAUAAUAGGCUGUCAAAGUAAAUUAGGAUUACUACUCUGGAUAUUAAGAUUUUAUAGUACUACAAUUGUACGAACCGAGAAUGAAUUGAGAAAAAAAAACGAAGAUAGAAACACUUGUCACCGCUCUUAACUUAUAAUUAUCAAGAAUUCGUUAUUGACGACAAUUUUGUAUAAUCUGGUGUAAUUAAAUAUGAAACAAAAUUUUAAUAGGUCUCCAGACGAUAUUAAAUUAUUGGUAUACGAUCGUUGUUAUCAUUUGAUGCGAAAUUUUACGAUGAAUAUUUUAAUUAUAGCGAUAAAGAGUAAGUAAUGUAAUGUUACUAUAAAAUAUCUAUAAAUGGGGUAUGAAAUACACGUACAAUACAUAUCUGAUUAUUAUCUAAA